AGGAGAUCUAAUCUACAUGAACGGGGGAGAUGAGACUGACCUAAAAUGGUUUGUCAGUGAAGCAGGGCUUUAAUUUAGGGCCACGAAUUGUGUACCGAUCGAUCAAUUCAUUCAUCCGCUGACCGAAAUUCCUCUGAAAUAAUAAUAAUAAUAAGAAUCAUCAUUUCAGAUUUUGAGAUUUUGAGAUCUGAAGUGAAUUUCAUCCAUCUACUACUCUCCUAGGAAAGAAGGUAUAGAUAUGGGGCUGUAUCUGAGCUCUCCCAAAACUGAUAAGUACUCUGAAGAUGGUGAGAAUGAGAAACUUAAAUAUGGCUUGUCUUCUAUGCAAGGAUGGAGAUCAACAAUGGAGGAUGCUCAUGCAGCAUACCUGGAAUUGGAUGGGUCCACUUCUUUCUUUGGCGUUUAUGAUGGCCACGGAGGUAAAGCAGUCUCAAGAUUUUGUGCCAAGUAUCUUCAUCAUCAAGUGCUAAAGAAUGAAGCCUAUUCAGCUGGUGAUUUGGGUACUUCCCUUCACAAAGCUUUUUUCAGAAUGGAUGAGAUGAUGUGUGGACAAAGAGGCUGGAGAGAACUUGCCAUCUUGGGAGACAAGAAGGAUCAAUUUAGCAGCAUGAUAGAAGGUUUAAUUUGGUCACCUAAGGGUGGGGAAGCUAAUAACCUCUCCGAUGAUUGGACAUCUGAGGAGGGACCCCACUCCAACUACGAUGGCCCAACAUCUGGAAGCACGGCUUGCGUAGCAAUGAUCAGAGACAACCAACUAGUUGUUGCAAAUGCUGGUGAUUCCCGCUGUGUGAUUUCUCGAAACGGUCAGGCAGUUAAUAUGUCUCUGGAUCACAAACCUGAACUUGAGAUUGAGAAGGCGAGGAUCAUGAAAGCAGGGGGUUUCGUCCAAUUUGGUCGGGUCAAUGGAAGUCUAAACUUGUCAAGAGCAAUUGGGGACAUGGAGUUAAAGAAGGACAAGUCGCUUCCCGCUGAACAACAAAUUUUGAGUGCCGAACCUGAUAUAAAUACGAUUGAACUUCUUGAAGAUGACGAGUUUCUUGCCAUAGCAUGUGAUGGGAUAUGGGAUUGUAUGACAAGCCAGCAAUUUGUCAACUUUGUGAGGGAAGAACUGAAAACUGAAAGUAAGCUGUCGAAUAUUUGUGAGAGAGUUAUGGACAAAUGCCUUGCCCCGAAAGCUGGUGGGGAGGGGUGCGAUAACAUGACUUUGAUCAUAGUGCAGCUAAAGAAACCAUGUAAUCCUUCUUCUCCUAAAUAUGUGCGCCCAUCUUCCAUCCCUCUUGAAACAAAUGAUGCCAAUUGAAAAAAGAUAUGCAGAGAGUGAACUGAGGUCGAGCGAGCGGUCUCUAAUUAAAAAAAGCAUUCAUUCGAAGUUAAGUUUGGUUAGUUGGUUGGUUGCGCAAACUGGUUUAAAAAUUUGAUGUUGAUAUAUGUGUACCUUUUUUUUAAUGACUUAUGGCAUAGAUGCAUGAAGAAGAUAUAUACAUGUAUCAGAAUCUAUAACCCUUUUGACUUUGCAAAACUAUGAAUCUGCUUAAUAACUAGUGCUUUCUAAUACCAUAUUUGUUAGUG